AUGGUCAAGACUUCCGUCCUCAACGACGCUCUCAAGAGUAUCAACAAUGCCGAGAAGGCCGGCAAGCGUCAAGUCCUUAUCCGACCCAGCUCCAAAGUUAUCAUCAAGUUCCUGAGCGUCAUGCAGAAGCACGGUUACAUUGGCGAAUUUGAGGAAGUUGACGACCACCGCAACGGCAAGGUUGUGAUCCAGCUCAAUGGACGUCUCAACAAGACAGGUGUCAUCUCUCCCCGCUACAACGUCGCCCUGAAGGAUCUUGAGAAGUGGGUUGUCAAGCUGCUCCCAUCUCGUCAAUUCGGCUACAUUGUCCUCACCACCAGUGCUGGUAUUAUGGACCAUGAGGAGGCCAGGCGUAAGCACGUGGCUGGCAAGGUUAUUGGAUUCUUCUAUUAG